AUUUGAAGUCGUGACGGUGUGAUUUGGACCUCAGAGUGUUGACGUCCGUCUGCUGAUGUAGAGAGGAUGACGAGUGACGUGUGUGUCCUGAAGUACAGAACAGGAAGAAGAAAACACAAUGGAAAAUGGGCCGAACCUGAACUUCCUGUCCCUGAGACCAAAAUAACACCUGGUGCAGAGUUGAUCUUUACCUUCUUUAUUAAGCUCCUCAUGCCUCCCACCACUCCGUACGCUGGGAAGUUCAGCGGCUGCGUGCCCUACAACAACAACAACCACCAUCCUCAGCCCCCCGGCCCGUACAACAACGGCAACCCCCCCACAGCUGUCAAAGACAACAUCUACAACGCAGCCUACACUGCUGAGAACCCCUACGACGUCCCUCAGCCUCACUGCUCCUGCCGCACCUCCUCCGUCUCCCCCGCCGCGGCGACGGAGCAUCAUCACUACCGCGGCAGCCGCAUGGUGGCGGAGAACCCGUACUCCUCGCCGCAACCUCGCAGCCCUUCGCAGCACGGCAGCUUCUGUCCGGGCCGGGCAUCCCGCCACGCCUCCACCGCGACGAGCAGCAGCAGCAGCAGCAUCAGCAGCAGCACAGGAGGUGGCAGCAGUGAGCAGUCUUGUCGUAACAACACCGUGACCGUUGGUUCUUCUGCGGCAAAGACUCGACCCCACGGACACGGCGUCACAGCCAGCUAUGGGGAGAUGUGUUACCAUGACAACAGCCUGGUCUCAGCCUCUCUUGAAGCUCUGAUCCAGCACCUGGUCCCCACCGUGGACUACUACCCUGAUAGGUCGUAUGUUUUCAUGAGCCCCCGCCUCUUCCUCCCGCCGUACGAGUUGAUGACGAGGGUUUGCCACCUGUGUGUGGAGCAGCAGCGCUCUGGAGACGCCCUGCUGGACAAGAUCCGUUUCCGAGAGGUGGCGCCAAAGCUGGUGCAGCUGCUCACUGAAUGGACGGAAACGUUUCCUUAUGACUUCAGGGACGACAGGAUGAUGCGCUGCCUGAAGGACAUGACGCACCACGUGGCUCGAGGGGACGAGUACUCGUGGAGAGCCAUGCAGCAGAUGACCCAGCGGCUGAUCAAACGUCUGUCGGCGCUCGGUCAGUACGAGGAAGCUGUGGCAGAACUGAACGCUGCGGCGGCCGAGCGUCCGGCUGCGCUGAAGAGCAAACAGGCGUCUGGUCAGAGGAGCGACGUACUGAGUGUGUGUGACGACCCCUUCAUCCUGGCUCAGCAGCUCACACACAUCGAACUGGACAGACUGAGUUUCAUCGGCCCUGAAGAGUUCAUCCAGUCGUUUGCCAUGAAGGAUCCUCUGGAGAACCACAAGGGUUUCUUUCGGAAGCGGAAAACCAGUAACCUGGAGGCCUACGUGAACUGGUUCAACAGACUGAGUUACCUGGUGGCCACGGAGAUCUGCAUGCCGGUGAAGAAGAAGCACAGAGCGCGGAUCAUCGAGUUCUUCAUCGACGUGGCUCAGGAGUGUUUCAACAUCGGCAACUUCAACUCCCUCAUGGCCAUCAUCACCGGGAUGAACAUGAGUCCAAUCGCGCGGCUGAAGAAAACCUGGAGUAAAGUCAACACGGACAAGUUUGAAAUCCUGGAGCAUCAGAUGGAUCCCUCCAGUAACUUCAGUAAUUACCGCACUGCUCUCCGCGGCGCCACCCAGAGGUCUGAGACGGGUCACAGCAGCCAGGAGAAGAUUGUGAUUCCUUUCUUCAGCCUCUUGAUCAAAGACAUCUACUUCCUGAAUGAAGGCUGUUCCAGCCGACUGACCAACGGUCACAUCAACUUCGAGAAACUCUGGGAACUGGCCAAGCAGGUGAGCGAGUUCCUGGUUUGGCGUCAGGUGAUUUGUCCUUUCGACAGAGACAGAAGGAUCCUGCAGUACCUGGUCACCACUCCAGUGUACAACGAAGACGAACUUCAUCUGGCCUCGUAUGAGAGUGAAGGACCGGAGAACAACAUGGAGAAGGACAGUCGACGCUCCCUCAGGUGGGUGUGGCCUAUCAGUCGAUGCUCCUUCAGGUGGGUGUGGCCUAUCAGUCGACGCUCCCUCAGAUCUUCUCUCCUGCAUCGUGAGAACCGAUCCUGAGGCACCGUUCUCCAGCACUGUAAAUACCAUGUACAUAUGGAGGAUGAAAACAUCUUCCACCGUGACUUCAUCUUUGUACCAUGUGACAACAGUCUCGUGAUAAUCCUCUGAAAUGACUUCACUGCACUUAGCUGUGUAUUACUGCAUUAUUAUACACAGUAUUAGUUUGUAUAUUUCUCUGAUUGGACGGCUGGUUUGAAGGUCGUGUG